AUGGAACGUGAGUCAGGGCGCAAAGCUCAACUCUCUAAUAUUACUGCUGCCAAGACGGUAGCUGACGUUAUUCGCACCUGUCUUGGCCCUAGAUCUAUGCUCAAAAUGCUGCUUGAUCCAAUGGGUGGCAUCUUAUUGACAAACGAUGGUAACGCCAUCCUUCGUGAAAUCGAAGUCGACCAUCCUGCUGCCAAGAGUAUGAUUGAACUCUCCAGAACGCAAGAUGAGGAAGUUGGCGAUGGUACCACCAGUGUCAUUAUUCUCGCCGGUGAAGUGCUCGCCGGUGCGUUACCCCAUAUCCAAAACAACAUCCACCCUAUCGUGAUUAUUAGUGCUUUCAAAAAGGCUCUUGAGGAUGCCUUGCAAAUCGUCGAAGACAUCUCCAACCCCGUUGACGUGGACAACACUGAAGAAAUGAUGGCACUGAUUAAAUCCUCUAUCGGCACAAAAUUCGUCAGCACUUGGAGCGAUUUGAUGUGUAAGCUUGCUUUGGACGCUGUUCGUUGUGUCGCUAUCGAAGAAGAGGGCACUGGCAAAACCGAAGUGGACAUCAAGCGUUACGCCCGUGUUGAAAAGAUUCCCGGUGGUGAAAUUGAACAAUCUCAAGUGUUGGAUGGUAUCAUCUUGAACAAGGAUGUCACUCAUCCCAAGAUGCGUCGUCGCAUUGAAAACCCUCGUGUCAUCUUAUUAGAUUGUCCUCUCGAAUACAAGAAGGGUGAAUCUCAAACAAACAUUGAAAUCUCCAAGGAGGCUGAUUGGAACCGUAUCCUUCAAAUUGAAGAAGAACAAGUAAAGGCCAUGUGUGAUAAGAUUAUCUCAUUGAAGCCUGAUUUGGUGUUUACUGAAAAGGGUGUUUCUGACCUCGCUCAACACUAUUUCGUCAAGGCCAACAUCACAGCUAUUCGUCGUGUUCGUAAGACGGAUAACAACCGUAUCGCCCGUGCUGUUGGUGCCACCAUUGUUAAUCGUGUCGAUGAUCUGCGUGAUUCUGAUGUCGGUACCAAGUGUGGUCUCUUCAACAUUGAUAAGAUUGGUGAUGAAUACUUUACCUUCUUGACCAAGUGUGAGGAUCCUAAGGCUUGUUCAGUCAUUUUGCGUGGCCCCAGUAAAGAUAUCAUCAAUGAAGUCGAGCGUAAUCUUCAAGAUGCCAUGUGCGUCGCGCGUAAUGUGUUCUUCAGUGCCAAGUUGGCUCCUGGCGGAGGCGCUACCGAGAUGGCAGUGUCUGUCAAGCUUGAAGAAAAAGCCAAGUUGGUCGACGGUGUUGAGCAAUGGCCCUACAGAGCAGUUGCUGAAGCCAUGGAAGUGAUUCCUCGUACUCUUGUUCAAAACUGUGGUGGUAAUGCCAUCAAGACGUUGACACAAUUAAGAGCCAAGCAUGCUGCUGGUGAACAUUCAUUUGGUAUCGAUGGUGAAGCUGGUAAGGUUGUUGAUAUGAAGGAUUACGGUGUUUGGGAGCCCACUGCUGUCAAGGUGCAAACUAUCAAGACUGCAAUUGAGUCUGCAUGUUUGUUAUUGCGUGUUGAUGAUAUUGUCUCUGGUCUCUCAAAGAACAGAGGCCCCGCUCCUCAACAAAAUGGCGACCCUGAGAUGAUGGAACAACAUUAA